AUGAAUAUGGAUAUGGACAUGUCGGGUGGUGAUGUCCCCUGGUUGGACCAGCCUGUCUUGCUGCACUCUUCUCGAGCAGAUAAGUGUAAACUGACUGACGCCCAGUGUCACUAUCGCAACGGCCACUGGCGUUACUGGUAUCAAGCAGAUCAUGUAUAUGCACUGAAUACAGUGUACUUUUGCUGUGCUGUCAUUGCAGUCUUUGCGAUAGCAAAUUUUCUGGUCCGGCUCACCCCAGAUUGGAUGAAGCGGACCAAAUUAUGGCGGGCCACAACUUCAAUCUCAAGAUACAUGUCCUAUCGUGGGUACGGAUUUCCGGUGCUUAAGUAUUGGUCCCCAUCAGUGGGAGUUAUCACUCUGGGUGUCCUAGGCGCAAUAUUCUUUUUUGCAAUGACCGUUGGCCCAAAACCUUUUUACUGGCCAACCGAUGCGGACUAUGGAAGCAGUCCCCCUAUCGCCACACGAGCAGGCUGGAUGGCCCUCGCUCUUCUACCAUUUGUUCUUGCCUUAAGUGUUAAGGCAAACAUGAUAUCCGCCUUGACUGGUAUACCUCAUGAGAAACUCCAGGUUUUUCAUCACUGGUCCAGCUAUGCCAUGUUUGUUCUGGCUUUGGUUCACACAUUCCCCUUCAUUAUAUAUCACAUAUCAAAAGGUGACAUGGUGAAGCAGUGGAAGACGAGUCUUGUAUAUUGGACAGGGAUCGGUGCUAUCAUUCCACAGGCCUAUCUGACAAUUAUGUCAUUGCCUUUCAUCCGAAAUCGCUUUUACGAAUUUUUCAAAGCAACUCAUAUGAUUGCUGCCAUCCUUUUUGUGGUCUUCUUCUUUCUUCACUGCGAUUUCCGCCUUUCCUCGUGGGAUUAUUUUAUUGCUAGCGGGGUGAUCUAUGCUCUAUGUUUGCUAACCGCACAAGUCCGCACUUACCUGAUGCAUGGUGUUCAUACCGCCACCCUCGAACUUAUUCCAAGUGGCCUACUCCGCGUAUCAGUCCCAACGAUCAUUAACUGGACACCUGGUCAGCAUGUUUUCGUACGCUUUUUGACGUCUGACCUACAUCUCUUAACUGCCCAUCCAUUCACUAUUUCCUCCGUCUGUCAUGGCCCCGAAAAGAUCGGUAAAGCGUCUGAGAUUAUCUUCUAUAUCAAGCCCCGCGGCGGAGUGACCGGUCGUCUUGCCGCACUUGCGGCAAAGCAAUCUGGUAUACAGAAGAGAAUUCUCAUCGAAGGGCCGUACGGUGGCGUCAGCGCACAUCACAUGGCAAAGCUUGAUACCAUCCUCGUCGUCGCCGGAGGCUCGGGAGGGGGUUCUCGCUUGCAAUGGUCAGGUGAAGAGAUUCGCCGCCGCCUGCAGGUCGUCUUUGCGACUCGCGACACCGCCAUGGCGAACUGGUAUGUUGAUGAAAUUGAGUCGAGGCUCUCACAAUCAACAACGCUCCCAGGCUCAGAUAGCGGGUUUGAGACCGCAGUGUCAGUCCACAUCACUGCCAAUCGCGACCCGACAAUCUCCACCUCCACGCUGGACACUGAAAAGACAUUGACGCCGAAGCUACCCCCGACAGAGAUUACGACCACGGGAAGCUUUAGCUUGAACGUGCACCGCAAUGCGAGACCUGACAUUCCUGGCCUUAUCGCACGCACUGUGGCAAUGGCCCACAGUAACCCCCUCCCAAAUGGCAAGAAGCAGCGCAUUGCCGCUCUUGCGCAGAUCCGUACAUUUGGCGGAGAGGUGGAGGAGCUCUAUUUGCACUCGGAACCCUUUGCGUGGUAA